AUGAGCACGGGUAAGUUUCAAGAUUACAAUACUGUACACACGAAGAAAAUAACAAUGCAAUUAACAGUUACAGACUCAACAACUACUACAAUUACCACGACUACAGACACAGCUUCCACAACAACAAAAACAACAGCAGCAACAACAACAACAACAACUACAACUACAACAACGACUCUACCCACAUGUACCGUUACUUGUCUCAAUCAAACUUGGUUAUCUAAUGCGUCAAUCUUGGGUAAAUGGCAUUUUGAAAACAACUAUGCUGAUGAGUUUAAUUUGCAUAAUGGCGUUGCAUCAGGUAGUCCUAAUCUUACAUUCGUUCAAGGAUACGCUGGUCAAGCCAUUUCAUUCGUCGCUAAUUCUAAUCAAAUGGUAUCGACUUCAUACAUCCCUUUGGCAAAUAUAAGCUUUUCCAUAGAUGCUUGGAUUUAUCCAACUGGUCUGACUAACACAUUACACCAAAGUAUCUGCGGUCUUUGUCCCACAGCAGGAGCUGAUCAAUGUCUACAUAUGACACUUCGUUUGACCAGCUCGAGCUACCCACUUUACUUUGGUCUUUAUAAUGAUGAUGUCAAUACCAAUACACCAGCCACUUCAACCAAGAUUUGGGUGCAUGCAGCUUUCGUAUAUGAUGGCAAAAACAGAACAUUAUCUGUCUACCGCAAUGGAAUUUUUCUAUCAGGAGGCUCAACCUCUUCAGGAUUGAAAGCGACUAGUGGCAGCUUUCAAAUUGGUAAUCUUCCUGUUUUGGUACCGACUAUCAAUACAUGGCAGGGUUACAUUGACGAACUGUCCGUUAGUGGUCGACUAAAGUCUGCGUGUGAAAUUUUGGAGCAGGCUACACUGGCGGCUCGUUUCAGCUUCGAUGGAAGUUCACCACUACUUGAUCUGGGACCAAACUCAGUCGCAUCUCACGCGUCAAAUUAUAGUCUGGUUAGUGGUCGAACUCUACAAGCUAUAUCAUUCAUGGGUACCUCCUCUUCAUUCCUGCAAACAUCAGGUUUUCUUGCUCUUGGUAUAGCCAAUCAGCCAUUCAGCUUUUCACUGUGGGUGAAGCCACAGUUACUUGCGGGCACAAUCGUGCAUGUAUCGACCAAUGGUUCGGGCACCGGUUUAUGUGCUCCUUUUAUUGGCUUCUCAUCGAACGGUUCAUUAAUAGUUCAAAUGAUGACAAAUACUAGUUAUGUAGCUAUAUCGUAUUCAAGUCUGUCACUAAUCGAAUUUACUCACAUUGUUCAGACGUGGAGUUCAACAAAUGGACUUCGACUGUAUAUCAAUAAUGCGUUGGUUGGAUCAAUAGCAGCAGCAACUUAUCGGACUGCUUCGACUUGGGUCAAUUACGUGACACUAAGUGGUUGUUUGAACGGCUGUGUGAGCUGCUCUGCAGUUCCAGGUAAUCAAAUAUUGUCAGGCCCAUUCGCAGGUGCUGUAGAUGACUUUCGAGUAUACAGUCGUGAAGUGACAGCAAGUGAUGUAUGUAAUUUAUACGUAUAUAGCUGA